AAAUAAAUUGAGAGAGAGUGUGCAUCUCCAUCUCCAUGGCCAUAGAAGAUAGAACAGAGAGAAGAGAAGAGAAGUAGUGAAGGAGAAGAAAAGUGACACUGAUAGUGUUGAAGUUGUUGUUGUUGUUGCUUAGCGGUUUCUGCCCCGCUACUCUUCAAACGACGCCUUUUUUUUGUUUGUUUCUUUCUUCUUCGUUUUCUCUCAACAACCACCACUCUCUCUCUCUCUCUCUCUCUCUCUCUCUCUUGCUGUUAAAUCCACCUUCCUUCUCUCUCUUAUCUUCUGCUGUUUGCUGCUGCAUCGUUUUCUUUCAUUCUAAUCCUAACUGUUCAGUCAGACACAAAACACAUUCACUCACGUUUUUUUGGCUCUUUUCCAUGGAACCAUCGGAGAAUUGCUCUGUUAAAGUCGCUCUUCACAUUCGUCCUCUCAUUGCCGAUGAACGACAGCAAGGUUGCAUUGAAUGUGUUUCCGUCACGCCUGGGAAGCCUCAGGUUCAGAUUGGAUCGCAUUCCUUUACAUUUGACCAUGUUUAUGGAAAUAGUGGGUCUCCUUCGGUUGACAUGUUUGAGGAAUGCGUUGCUCCAUUGGUUGAUGGCUUAUUCCAAGGAUACAAUGCUACAGUACUUGCAUAUGGUCAGACAGGAUCUGGGAAAACGUAUACCAUGGGAACUGGCUAUAAUGACAAUUGUCGGAGCGGAUUAAUUCCUCAGGUUAUGAGUGCCUUAUUCAACAAAGUUGAAACACUAAAGCAUCAAACAGAAUUUCAGUUGCGAGUUUCCUUCAUUGAGAUUUUAAAGGAAGAGGUCAGGGACCUGUUGGAUGCGGUAUCUUUGGGCAAAUCAGACACCUCUAACUCUAAUGGCCAUUCUGGAAAAAUAACUGUUCCUGGGAAGUCACCAAUACAAAUUCGUGAAACAGCAAAUGGAAUAAUAACACUGGCAGGAAUAACUGAAAUUGCUGUAAGUACAUUACAUGAGAUGUCUGCAUACUUGGAACAGGGUUCUUUAAGUAGGGCAACGGGAAGUACAAAUAUGAACAACCAGUCAAGUCGGUCACAUGCCAUUUUCACAAUUACAUUAGAACAAAUGCACAAGCUCCAUUCUGUUUCUACCACCAAUGACUCUUCAGAUGAGGAUAUGGGUGAAGAAUACCUUUCAGCAAAGCUCCAUUUGGUAGAUCUAGCUGGAUCUGAACGAGCUAAAAGAACAGGUUCUGAUGGCCUUCGUUUGAAAGAAGGAAUACACAUCAACAAAGGUCUUCUUGCUCUUGGUAAUGUCAUAAGUGCACUAGGUGAUGAGAAAAAGCGAAAGGAAGGUGUGCAUGUUCCUUAUCGUGAUAGCAAACUCACUCGACUCUUACAGGAUUCACUUGGUGGAAACAGCAAAACUGUCAUGAUAGCUUGCAUAAGUCCUGCUGAUGUCAAUGCCGAGGAAACUCUCAACACUCUCAAGUAUGCAAACCGUGCACGCAAUAUUCAAAAUAAGCCUGUUGUUAAUCGAGAUUUAAUAUCGAAUGAGAUGCAGCAAAUGCGCCAACAGUUGAAGUACUUGCAGGCUGAACUCUGUUCUCGGGGAGCAGCUCCCUCUGAUGAAGUGCGGGUUCUUAAGGAAAGGAUUGCUUGGCUCGAGGCCACUAAUGAGGACCUUUACAGAGAACUUCAUGAAUAUCGCAGUAGAUGUGCUUUUGUAGAGAGAUGUGAAAUUGAUGAACCGGCAGAUAGAAACAUUUAUCUCAUGAAAGCUGAUGGGCUUGAGAGGCGCUUUCAGAGCUCAGAUUCAUCUGAUCAUCCCUUGGUUGGAAGUAUAUCUGGUGAAGAUUCAAGGGAAACUGAUGAAGCAGAAAAGGAGUUGGAGCAUGUGCUAUUACAAAAUACCAUGGAUAAAGAAUUGAAUGAGUUGAAUAAGCGGUUGGAGCAGAAAGAGUCUGAGAUGAAGCUCAUUGGAGUUGAUACUGAGGCACUCAAGCAACACUUCGGGAAGAAAAUUGUGGAACUUGAGGAGGAGAAAAGAAAAGUACAGGAAGAGAGGGACAGAUUAUGGCAUGAGGUAGAGAAUCUUGCUACUAAUUCAGACGGGCUAGCACACAAAACCCAAGAUGUUCGUGGCCAAAAGUUGAAAGCAUUGGAAGCACAGAUUUUAGACCUCAAGAAGAAACAAGAAAGCCAGGUGCAACUCUUAAAGCAAAAGGAGAAGAGUGAAGAAGCUGCAAGAAGACUGCAGGCUGAGAUACAGUAUAUCAAGGCUCAGAAGGCCGGUUUUGAUUUUGUUCAGUUGCAGCAUAAAAUGAAACAAGAGGCUGAACAAUUUCGACAAUGGAAGGCCUCUCGUGAGAAGGAGCUGCUCCAGUUGAAAAAAGUAGGAAGAAAGAAUGAAUACGAAAGACAUAAACUUGAGGCUCUAAACCAUCGCCAGAAAAUGGUUCUUCAAAGGAAGACAGAGGAAGCAACAAUGGCUACAAAAAGGCUAAAAGAACUGUUGGAAGCCCGUAAAUCGUCUCCUCGUGACAACUCUGUUUGUUCAAAUGGACAUCUACUUCCCGGGCUGGUCAAUGAAAAAUCCCUCCAGAAGUGGCUUGAUCAGGAGGUGGAGGUCAUGGUUCAUGUGCAUGAAGUUCGUGCUGAAUUUGACAAACAAAACCAAGUCCAAGCUGCACUGGAAGAAGAGUUGGUUUUACUAAAGCAGGAUCAGCUUUCAGAUGAGCUGAUUAUUCCGAAAGGAAAGAGCAGAUAUUUGAGGCUGUUAUCCAUGUCGCCAGAUGCAAAAGUUGAGAGAAUAGCUUCCCUCGAGAACAUGCUGAGCAUGUCUUCAGUUGCUUUAAAAGCCAUGGCUUCACAACUUACUGAGGCAGAAGAAAGGGAACGCACGUUAAACAACCGUGGUCGUUGGAAUCAGCUACGCUCAAUGGGAGACGCAAAGAAUGUGCUUCAGUAUUUGUUCAAUGCUACUGCAGAAGCAAGGUGCCAAUUGUUGGAAAAGAAUAUGGAACUUAAGGAUUUGAAAGAGCAACUAAAUGAACUUGUAGCACUAUUACAACAAAGUGAAGCACAAAGAAAAGAACUUGUAAAGGAGGAAAAAAUAAGGGAACAAGCUGUUGCCAUCACAUUGAAUACAUCGGCAUUGGAAAAUUCACGGUCCUUGAAACAUCUUGCUGAUGAAAUGAGUGAUCCGUUGUCUCCAAUGUCACUUCCUGCACCAAAGCAACUCAAAUUCACACCUGGAGUUGUUAAUUGGUCCGUCACAGAGUCGGCUACAUUUUUAAACGAAGCACGAAAGAUGAUACCCAUUGGGGAGUUGUCAACUAAGAGGCUAGCUGCUAUGGGACAAGCCGGAAAACUUUGGAAGUGGAAGAGAAGUCAUCAUCAAUGGCUGCUGCAGUUUAAAUGGAAGUGGCAGAAGCCCUGGAAACUCUCAGAAUGGAUCAAACACAGUGAUGAGACCAUUAUGAGGUCAAGGCCUCGAGCACAAGCUUUAAUUAAUGUGAUGUGAUCUGAAGCUAUGGUAAGGGACAUUUAUGAUUCAGAAUAUCGACCCCUGGUGUGUUUCCACACGGCUUGACAAGAGGACAGUUUAUUCCAGGCAUGCUGUAAAUUGGACGAGGUUCCUGGGAUUUGUCUUUCAGGGUCUUUCGUUGUUGGAGAAAGUCGUCAUAAUCUGUGUAGAUUGUAAGUUGUAAUGACAGAUGGUAGGUGUAGAUAGACACGGACAAUAUCAGAGGACGGAAUUUAUAGUGCAUAGGUUGAUCGGGUAACUUGCACAUGUGCAUAGGUUAGGAUAUGCAGCUUGUGAAGUGCCUCGUGUUAGUUCUGUAGUUUUUUUAUUUUUACAAAUUUUGUGAAUUGGUGAUCAAUACUGCGUGAAAAUCUGUUUUUUCUUGUACAAA